CUUAUUCUCCAAUAAAUUGUCAUCCCACACCUCUCAACAUAGAUUCUCGUAUAUAUACACAAAAACAAGUAUAUCUAUAUACCAAAAAUUUAAUUUAAAAUAGCCAACUUAUAGUUACUCUUAUUAUGUCGUUAUUGUAGGUUAUGGUUGUUGAUCUUAACGGUAAACCAACGGCCGGUUUCCCUCGACUCCGGUUUUUCCGCUACCGCCGUCUCCGGUGACAUAAGUUCAUCAUUUAACGAAUUUCAUUCUUAAUUCUAUUAUUUUUUGUAUAUACAUACUAAAGUUACUCGAUGUCGAUGAAGAAAAGCAGUCCAAAAGGACUAGUGAAGAACAAAAAAGGAAGAUUGACGGAAAAAUCGUCGUCGUUUCACGGCCGUUUGGCUGAAGAUAUGGUAGGCAAAUUAGCGAGACCGAGGACGGUGCCGGAUUUAGUUUCCGGUAGGAAUACGGUUCCGAAUGAGUCUCCGGUGACGGUCACGCCACCUAAAUUGACGAAGCUGUUGCUAAACGUGACGGUUCAAAGAAGUUUAGGUCCUGUACACGUUUUGAUCUCGCCGGAAUCGACGGUUGGUGAUCUGAUUGCUGCCGUGUUACGGCAGUUCGCGAAGGAAGGCCGGAGGAUGGUAUUUCCGUCGUUAGAUCCUUCUGGAUUUAAUCUCCAUUAUUCGCAGUUUAGUUUAGAAAGUUUAUCGCCGGGCGAGAAGUUGAAUGAGUUAGGUUCAAGGAAUUUCUUUCUAUGUCCCAAGCAAUCAGCGAUAUCGUCGUCUUCAUCUACAUGCUCGAAGGAAGCCGAAAAAGAGGCGAAAAACGGACUAGGGUGGCUCAGAUUCAUGGAAUUCAUGCUAUGAAAUUACUUAGUAUACACGUUUACUAUUCUUAUUAGUUUUAUUCAUCUUCUUCUUCUUCAGUAUUUAUAAUUUUGAAUUAUACUGUCGAGUUCAAAUAGUAGUUUGUACAAACAGAAUUAGUUACUUUCAUCAAGAAUAAAGAAUGAUUGAUGAUAAGAUUUGAAGUUACAGUGAUGGAUUAGCUUGUAGCCUUGUAUGUGUAUAUAUUACCUUUCAAAAUAUAAAAGGAUAUCCAUUUGAAAGUA